AUGCGCGUCUCGGCCCUCGCGUCGCUGCUGCUGCCGCUGGGCGUGGCCCGCGCCGCCAGCUCCUCGAGCUCCACGACGUCGUCGGGCGUGUCGUCCGCCUCCAGCUACGUGCCGUGGAGCCUCGCCGACAACGCCACCAACCUGGCCAUCAUCGAGUCGCAGCUCACCAUCUGCACGUACUCCAAGGUGGAGGAGUGCAUCCAGGACCCCAAGCUCGUGCAGGAGCUCGGCUCGCUCUACCGCGCGCCGGGCUACUGCGUAGCCUUCGACUCGGCCUACGUCAACAUCACCACGACCAGCGCUGCCAUCCCCAACCGCUACUACCCGACGUCCGUGGAGGACGCGUACGACGCCGGCUUCUCCAACAAGUUCUCCGAGUGGUCGGACACCAACCGCGAGCAGUUCGAAGUGGACUGUCCGCUGCUCUACAAUGAGACCAUCGCCCUGGGCGACGACAUGCUCUGCUGUACUGAGUCCCAGUACACAGGGCUGUCCACGCAGGUGCGCAUGAUCCCCGGUCUGUGCUCGGCCUGCAAGGAGAACCUGCGCAACAUCUUCUGCCAGUUCACGUGCAACCCGAACAACAGCAUGUUCCUGGACAUCAACGAGGUGCGCAUCAUGUCGGGCGACGACGAGCACGAAGGUCAGAUCUUCCCAGCGGUGGAGGAGGCAACGUACUACGUGGGCAAGGACUGGAUCCGCGACAUCUACGACUUCUGCGAAGACGACAGCUCCUUCUCGCUGCUGUGCAACCCCAACCAGGACUGUACCGACGGCUACGGCCUCAUGGAGUACAUGGGCAAGUACGCCUACAACAGCAUCGGGUCCCCAGAGCAGAUCAACGUGACAACUAUGGAUCAGCUUUCGGAGGAGCUGCAAAUGACCGAGUUCUGCCAUUGCGACUACGCCAACGAGACCAAUUGCAUUUCGCCCAUGAACAACAAGAUGACGUCGUGUGUGGGCGUCUGCGGCUCGCUUUGUGCCGUUAGCUCCGACGAUACGCGCACGUACACGGAUGCUUGCUACGGUGCCAAAUCCGCGUCCUCUUCCGGUAGUGGCAGCGUCGUGGACAACGAUGACGACGCGACUUGGAUGGAGCUCAACGAGUACCUCGCCAACAACCUGCCCGCGACGGAUUGGACCCCGUUCAACUACUUCCUCGUGAUCUUUGGAGGCGUGGUGGGUGUGCUGCUGAUUGUGGGCUUCAUCGUCGCCAUGCUCCGUGAGAGGAGGUACAGCGCAGUCGAGCGUAACUCGGGCACUCCGCAGGUAGUUGGCCCUAACACACCAGACUUCCAUGGCGUGGCGAGCGCGAUGGCUGGCAGCGUCGGAUACUUGAGCUUCUUGGACGAUCUGAUGACAAACAAGCUGCGGUUGUGGGCGGCGUUCGUCUCCAAGGGUAACCGACCGAAGAAGAUCACCCCGAUGGUGCUGUGCGUUGUCGUCAUUUGCGCCGUCGGCUUGUACAACAUUGAUAUCGAAACGGACCCGAUCAAGCUGUGGGUUUCUACGUCAAGUACUUCGUACGAGCAGCGCCAACAUUAUGGCGAGAUCUUCAACCCGUUCUACCGCUCGGAGCAGAUCAUUAUGGUCCCGAAGGACGGUGGCAACAUCUACCGCUCGUCGAUCAUCAAGGAGGCCAUCCGCGUGCAGACUGUGGCAGCCAACGUGACGUACACUUCGGACGACGGUGACGAGACGAUUACUCUGGACGACAUUUGCUGGAAAGCUACGGGCACGGGCUGCACCGUCAACUCGAUCACGCAGUACUUCCAGAACAACAUGGAGCACUUCGAGUUCUACGAGAAGUAUGGAUUGGAGCUGGAGCACUUUAGUAACUGCCUUUACUCUCCGACCACGUCGGACGUGGCGCUUUGCACCGAGUUGAAGAACGCUUUGGAGGAUGGCGAUUCGCUCCCGUCGAGCAUGAGCGACUGCCCCUGCUUGUCGGCGUUUGGCUCGCCCAUGAACCUGUACAACACGUACCUGGUGGGAGCGCGAGUACAUCAAGACGAUGAAGAAGGAGGCUGCGUCUAA